AUGCUCAGGGACCGCGGUUAUGUUAUAGCUAACAUAGACAGCGACCCCUCCUCCUCGGCUUCUCCUGUCUCUUCUGAACAGUUGGUAGCCUAUGAGGGACACCUCAUGGUCUCCAAUAACUUCAGAAAGCCAUGUUUUUGUCAAUGCGAUGAUAUCUGGCGAGUGCUCGUCGAUCAGAUUCGUGAGUUAAUCCAUCUUGUUAAACAGGCUCUGCGCAUUCGAAUACAGCACAUUUAGUGUCCGUCUUCUCGGGGGGGAACUGGCCCUGAUUACAAAGGAGCUUAGCCACAGGAACGAUCGUUUGAUCUGUAUUAUCUUGCCUUCCUUUAUUUUCAAUCCCUUCUCCCCCUCGUCUGUCCUUGUUUUCAGUCCUGUCCAGAGCUCCCUCAUCUUGUGUCUUUCUGUUGGUUCGUAAUCCGGCUGAAAAACACUUCCUUAUGCGAAUGACGAAGGGCCAUCCUCCCUUCCAGGAGAUGUGAGGCCUAGGCUUCAUUUGCAAGGAUAAUUUUAAUAGGUCUUGGUAAUGCACGCGACUCAUCUGCGUUUCCUAGACGGAAAGCUUUGUGCACGGUAACACAUUCUCCGUCCUGAAGGACGGCAUUUGAAUAUGUUUGAAAGAGGUUGAGAUCGUGUUCGAUUUUUUUUUUUCAGUCUGAGAAUUGGACUCAGGAGCUCCCUUUAUGACGAUGUUUCGUUUUCGGUAAAGAUGCCUGUCUGGAAGAGUCCCUACGUUUAUUUUUACACGCACGUUCAGCAUUUCGCCAAUUUCCGUUGUCAUCGUUUGACUCAGAGACAGCUGUGAUGGCGUAGCUACCACAGGGUUCCUCACCAACCGAGUCGUGCGAUACAUCGUUCGGCAGUGUGGUAUUUGCUGGCAUUGUGUGUGGACUCUGCUCUCUCGUACGGACAGUCUGACCUGCAUUUUCUUUUCGGGAUGCCCUGGGGCGCUUCUGCGUUUCCUUUUCGAUUGGCGGCAGUUUUUGCUUCAGGACUUGACCACUUUUGCAUCCGUAAGUGAUGUGCACCGAUCAUCAAACCCUUAUUAUCUCUGCCUCCCUAAGCAAUACCCUUACCUUUUCACAAAUUCCUUGUCAACUAUUCCACUCUCACUACUGAUCACUUUCCCGUCUUCCCAUUACCUCGUGCUAUCGAUUAUUACAUCAAACAGCUGGACUGCCCGAUUCUCGCUCCCUAUAUCUCUCACUCGACCGUGUUGAUUGACACAUUUUUAGUGACCAAAGAGCCAGUAAAUAUAGCACUACCUCUGAUUAUAACACAUUUUCAAAUUCUAUUGAUUUUAUCGGAACUCUUCUGGCCGAGGUCGUUUUCCCUGUGCUUUACUUAGUCGGAAAUCUUCGCCAAGCUGUCAGUUAUGCUCUUUCAGGGCAUCUCUAACGGCCUCAGGGAGACGAUCCCACCCGACAGUAGAGGUCACUGCUGCUGGAGGCGUUGCCAAUCUCCACACUCGCCGUUUGUUUCUCAGGGACCGUAUUGCUGGUGCCAAAUUCCUUGUCGACUCCGGUGCCGUGGUUAGCGUGGUUCCACCAACUCCGGCCGAACGUAAAACCCGCAGCUCUUUCUGUCUAACAGCCUCCAACAACUCCAGCAUUCCCCCCUUUGGACAGCGCUCCAUCACACUUGAUUUGGGCCUUCGUCGGAUUUUCCGAUGGGUUUUCAUUAUUGCGGACUUCUCCGCCGCCCUCAUAGGCGCCGAUUUCCUAGCUCACUUCAAUCUACUAGUUGAUUUGAAGAAUCGCCGACUCGUCGACUGCAUCACCGACCUGCAUGCAGUUGUCAAUAUGAUGUGACCCCCUGCGUCAACCCUCUCACUGUUAUGCCUAUCUCUGACUGUCCUUUCCAUUCACUUCUCAGGCAAUUCCCCCGCCUGACCACCUCCUCAUUUCGUGAAGUGGACAUCAGGCACACAGUCACCCACCGCAUUCCCACCACCGGACCUUCCAAAUCUUGCCGACCACGACGUCUUGCUCCGGACCGUUUGAAGAUUGCCAAGGCAGAAUUCGAACAUAUGCUCGAGGUCGGCAUCAUCGGACAGUCCGACAGCUGCUGGGCAUCAUCCCUCCAUCUUGUCCCAAAGAAGAGCGGCGACUGGCAACCGUGUGGGGACUAUCGGACGUUGAACUCAGGGACAGUCCCGGACCAGUAUCCGGUCCCACACAUCCAAGACUUCACCCUUUCGCUGCAUGGUAAGCGAAUAUUCUCCAAGAUUGACCUUGUGCGUGCCUACCACCAAAUCCCAAUCAAGGCCAGUGAUGUGCCGAAAACUGCAGUGACCACUUCCUUUGGGUUAUUCGAAUUCACUCGUAUGCCCUUUGGUCUGAGGAGCGCCACUCAAACCUUCCAGCGAUUCAUUGAUCAGGUUCUGCGAGGUCUCGACUUCGUCUACGCCUACAUUGAUGAUUUGUUAGUGGCUAGUUCUGACGCUGCUGAACACGAGAUUCAUCUUCGACAACUCUUCCAACGACUCGACUCCUUCGGCGUUGUAAUAAAUGCUGCUAAAUGUGAGUUUGGAGUCCCCAGCCUAAUCUUCCUGGGUCAUGAAGUGAACUCAGAUGGGCUAAAGCCCGUCGCAGAAAAGGUUUCGGCCAUAUCAACGUUCCCCGUCCCGACAACCAUCAACCAACUACGCCGAUUCUCGGGGUGGUGA